AUGCAGGGCGUUUUAGCAGGUAUUUUAAUUAGCCUCUGGGCUAUUGCGUGGAUUCCGGCGGUAUAUACCGUAUCGGAGCAGCACAAGUUGACGCCGUUCGGCCCGGGCAUGAGGAAUGCGGUCAUGAGUGGUAUUCAAGACUCUGCGGACUUCGCCGUCAAGAUACACCCACCUGUGGAAGACCUAGAUGAGACGCUGAAGUCGCUGGAUGGGAUUAUGAUGAUGGAAGACGCUGAGCGCCAUGCCGCCAACGAAGACUUCGUCGACGCCGAGCAGCGUCUGCUGGCAGUCCACAAGGCCAAGAUUAGGGAAAUUGUAGCAGCUGCGAUGGAACCCAUACACGCUAUGUUCCCUGUAAAAUUCCAGGAGGUCAUGGAGAAUGACAACGAGCUUUAA